CGUCGUUGUUUAAUAACGUUGUAACCAAGGAUAAGAAGAAGGUCGCGAAAAGCUCCAUAACCUACCAGUAACUUUCCUAGCUCUUUUUUUUUCAGCUAUGAAGUUUGUUUUUAGACUUUUGGCACCCAUCAUCUUGAUUUUGAGUGUAAAUGGGAAGGAAAUACCCGACGAUGACUUUUUGGCAGUCAUGUCCGGCAACAAAUCCAGAGAUCCAAUGGACUUCUUUUUUAGAAACGCUCUAAAGAUCAAACUGGGGCCGGCCGAUGAAGUCAAAGAAUCCAUCUUGUCUUUUAAAUCUGGCAACCGAAAAGAGAAAAUGACAAAUGAGGGUAAAGAAGAUGUAACGACUUCCCGCCAAGAGAACGGCGUGAAAUACAAUGGCGUGAUAUCCGCAGCCAUUAAUGCCCCUACCAGAGGAAAUGACGACAAGGUUUCCAUUGACUACCGCAUUGAUGACGACGAGGAAGGGUCAGGUACAUUUGAUAAUGAAGAAAAUGGCCAUAAGUUCCAUGAUGAUGAAAAUGGUGAAGAUAAUAACGAGAAUGACAACAUAAAGGAAAAAAGAAACGACUUGGAAAAGAAUAAUUCUCUGGGCAACGGUGGCUCAAAUAAGACAGAGGCAUCUGACAUCGAAAUACUCCCUUUGGAAUGCGACUAUAAAGACUCCAAGAACCCACUAGAAGCGGCUGCAGACUUCAGCCUGAUACUGAACUUGCUGCUACAAUGCUUGAAGCAAAAAACAGACGACGCCAUGUCGAGAGUUCCCUUACCAUCCUCUGAAACAAACGAAGGACACAAAGGAUGGUUUAUUAACGAUGCAAGCAAUGGCGUAGAUCACGUGCGAAACAAACGUUCGACAUUCCGCCGCAUUUUCCGCGACGAAUAUUUCUGGUAUUGGCUUUAUCCCUACGUAAAGCAUACUCCUUAUCGGAAAACGUUCGACUCCAUAGCCUCUGGAAUCAUCGGUAAACGCUCCCAGUUUGACAAGUAGGAGCAUGACUUCCACCUGAUUUAAGGUCAGACGUCACGUUCCUUAAUUUUAGAUAACUUUUUCCAGGAAUUUGUUAAUGGUUUACUAUACUUUGACAAGCCUUCUUGCAAAAAAUUAAGGUACUUUACCAGGCAUUUCUGCAAAAUACUAGAGUAUGCAAUUUCCUGUAUAAUCUUCGUGAAAAUACACUUGAAUUGCUGAUAUAAAAAUAAAUACAUCUACACCACAGGAAAAUUCACUUUAAUAAAAUUAUAUCUCCGCCGGGGCGGGGCUUUGAACUCACGACCUCUAGCACCUAUACGCUUCUGGCAGUGAGCGGCCACGGUUCUAACCACUCGACCAUCUAGACAUAUAACAAUAUCCAAGUAAAUUUUCAUUUUUAAAGUAAUUAUAAAAUUAAUAUUUUUUAUUGGAACUCUUUAUUACGAGGAGAUACAAAAAAGAUUCUCGAGGAACGUGUCGUCUGACCUUAAUGAAAGACCUGACAAACAUCAUGGUUCUAACUGUAAAUAUAAUAUUCAAUUGUUCUAUAAUGCUGGAGAAUGUUUCUUACAUAUUGUUUUCUAUAUGAAUCGAGCAAUUUGAACAAGUGAGCAACCCUUACAUUUUGUAUAAAAUUGUUUAAUUUUACUUUUUUAAUUUGAUUGAAUUAAUAAUGUUUUGAAGAAGUUUAAAUACUGUACCUCUUUGUUUCAUUUGGGAUUUUGAACCACAAUAAAGUCUUUUCAAAAGAAAAUAAAUGUUUGAG